AUGGAUUCAUUGAGUAGAAUUGGAAGUACCCUUGGUGUUCCCAUCUAUGCUGAUGAAUGCACAACGAAACAAUUGAGGGUCUCGUUUGCUAGGAUAUUAAUUGAAAUGGAUGUAACAGGGAAGGUUAAGGAGGAAAUUAAUGUGGAAGAUCCUAAUGGGAGGGUGUUUAAACAAAGAGUUAGCUAUACUUGGCUACCACCAUUUUGUAAUAAAUGCCAGAAAGUUGGACAUGUGUGUGAGGAGAAAAAAAAGCAAGCAAAAGGUAAAGUCACUCAGAAAUGGAUUCCAGUCAACCAAGCUAAAGACCUUCCUGCUACAACUCCAGCCUUAGAGGUUGAUAUUGGGGAUGAAAGGGUUACUGAAAUUGUUAGUAAUCCUAGUAAUCCUUCUAAUGUGACCCCUGUGGUUACGCCAAUAUCUUCUACUCAGAGACAGGAGAUAGAUGAGGAGGGGGCUUGGAAAUUGGUCACAAGGAAAACAAAAGACAAGGGCAAACAAGUGUCUUUUCAAGCAGCCAGAACAACAGGAAUGGGGAUGAAUGACCCCUUUAAAAUAAAAGAGAUUAAGAAUGUACUGUUGACACACAAAAUUGCUGUUUGUGUGCUGUUAGAGACAAGAGUUAGGGAGCAGAAUGCAAGUAAGGAGCAAUUUAUUGUAUGCACUUUGAAGGACCAGGUUCAUCAGAUUAACUUGGUUGCUGUUUAUGGGUUACAUACCAUUGCGGAUAGGAGAGUUUUAUGGAGUGGUCUAUCUCAUUGUAUUCAGCAUCAGGAACCUAUGAUAAUAAUAGGGGAUUUUAAUGUUGUAUGUAAUACAAAUGAUAGACUAAAUGGCACCUUGAUCACUAAUGCAGAAACUGAGGAUUUUCAGAAUUUCCUACUGCAAUCUAGCCUGAUUGAGUCUAGGAGUACUGGAUCAUUUUAUUCUUGGUCAAAUAGUAGUGUGGGAAGUGAUAGAGUAGUGAGUAGGAUUGACAAAGCUUUUGCCAAUCAAGCAUGGUUGAGCAUGUAUACUGAGGUAGUAGUGGAAUAUUUAGCUCCUGGUAUAUCAGAUCACUCUCCCCUAAAAUUUGCUUUGGUGGCUGGCAAUGUACAAGGGGGAAGACUAUUUAAAUUUCUGAAUAUAAUGGCUGAGCAGGAGGAUUUUCUGCUCACUGUUGAUAAAGCCUGGUCCUCUGUACAGGAAUCAGGGGAUUAUGAUAGUAAUGCAGAGGCUCAACUCACUGUCAAAGGUCUGCUGAAUGACCUGAAUCACUGGUCUCAUGUUGAAGAAAGUAUCCUCCAUCAGAAAUCCAGGAUCAAUUGGUUACAAAAGGGAGAUGCUAAUACUAAACUGUUCUUUACUGCUACUAAGGCCAGACAUGGGCAAAAUAGAAUUGAAUUGAUAAUUGCAGAUGAUGGGAGAAUAGUGAAGGAUGCAGGUGCUAUAAGGGAGGAAAUUUUAGACUUCUAUAAGAAGCUUUUGGGAACAAGAGCCACAAGUCUUCAGGGGGUUGAUUAA